AUGAGCUCAAAUUCCUCGACAGCGGGCUCCCACCCUUACUCCACAGAUAUGGAGGAAUCUACCUUCCUCAAACGCAACCGUUUGAUACACUGGGCUCGCUUUGGUCUCUCUGUCUUGAUUACUAUCGCGGCUAUCGCUGCCGUUGCCUGUGAGGCGGUCCCUCUACGCCAUUACAAUGACACUUCUAAGUGGUCGAGUGAUGAUCUGCCCCUGUGGCCCGUGAACUUUGACUUGCGUCCCACCAUUGCAGCGCUAGCCUGCGGCUGUGUGAUUACAGCUCUGAAUUUGGUCUAUGUGGUCGCUGCCCUUCUUCCUUCUCGGGUUCAUCGCCGCCCUUGUCGGCAUCAUCUUCAUCAUCUACCGCCCUCCUCCUCAAACUACCCAUCUGGCUUUACCGAGAAUGAAACCUUGUACAGCUGGACCUGCAAGUGGAAGAAUGGAUCUGGCGGACAGACUAUUCCAAUCGACUUUUCGCGGGAUUGUCACGACACUCGCGCUGGAUUCGCACUUCUUUGCUUGACCCUGGGGCUGGAAAUCCUCAUGGGUAUCGCUGCCGCCGUAGGCUCUCUGUCCCAGCGGGGUGUCUCACGGCGUAGGGAAGAGCAGUUUCAGCUUGAGAAAUUGGAGAUUGCUACCAAGCAGGCCUAUCGGGGUUAA